AUGAGCAUCGUCUCCGUCUCAUCAUCCACAUCGAAAGUUCAACAGAUCAAAACCCUAAUCUCCUUCGCAUCAAACAUCAACCAUCUGAAGCAUUUCCACGCAUCUCUCAUUCGCCACAAUCUCCACCAUGACACCUUCCUCGUUAACCUCCUCCUCAAGCGAACUCUCUUCUUCCGCCAAAACCAUUACUCUUUUCUCCUCUUCUCUCAUACCCAAUUCCCAAACAUAUUCCUUUACAAUACUCUCAUCAAUGGUUUCGUCAACAAUCAUCUCUUUCACGAAACCCUUGAUCUCUUCCUCUCCGUUCGCAAACUCGGUCUCUCUCUAUAUGGUUUCACUUUCCCUUUCGUUCUCAAGGCCUGUACCAAAGCCCAGAAUCUCAACCUCGGGAUUCACCUUCAUUCUCUUGUCGUGAAAUGUGGGUUUUAUCACGAUGUUGGAGCUAUGACGAGUCUGCUCUCUAUGUACUCUGGAUCCGGGCGUUUGGAUGAUGCACACAAAGUGUUCGACGAAAUUCCUGAAAGAAGCGUCGUUUCUUGGACGGCCUUUAUAAGCGGGUGUAUUGCUGCCGGGAAGCAGAGGGAGGCUAUUGAUUUGUUCAAGAAGAUGGUAGAGAUGGGUGUGAGACCGGAUAGUUACUCUAUUGUCCGGGUUUUAACUGCUUGUGUUUCGGUAGGGGAUUUAGAUAGGGCGGAGUGGAUUGUUAAGCUCAUGGAUGAGAUCGAGAUGUCGAAAAACUCUUUUGUUUGUGCAACACUUGUCAAUCUCUAUGCAAAGCGUGGGAAGAUGGAGAAAGCCCGUUCUGUUUUCGACUCGAUGGCUGAGAAAGAUAUAGUUACUUGGAGCACUAUGAUACAAGGGUAUGCGUCGAAUAGCUUCCCAAAAGAAGGUGUAGAGUUAUUCCACCAGAUGUUACAGGAAAAUCUAAAACCUGACCAGUAUUCCAUUGUUGGGUUUCUUUCUUCUUGUGCAAGCUUAGGAGCGCUUGAUCUAGGCGAAUGGGGAAGUAGUUUGAUAGAUAGGAAUGAGUUCUUGACCAAUCUGGUUAUGGGUACUGCGCUGAUCGACAUGUAUGCAAAAUGUGGGGCUAUGGCUCGAGGUUUUCAAGUCUUCAAAGAAAUGAAGGAGAGGGAUAGAGUAUUAAUGAACGCUGCAAUUACUGGUCUGGCCAAGAAUGGCCACGUUAAGCUCUCGUUUGCGGUUUUUGGACAAACAGAGAAGUUAGGUAUCUCACCUGAUGGCUACACAUUCCUCGGACUGCUAUGUGGGUGCGUUCACGCAGGCCUAAUCGAAGACGGGCUACGGAUGUUCAUUGCCAUAAGCUGUGUGUACGCUUUGAAACGCACGGUUGAGCACUACGGUUGCAUGAUAGAUCUUUGGGGCAGAGCAGGAAUGUUAGAUGACGCAUACCGCUUGAUCUGCGAUAUGCCCAUGAAGCCAAACGCGAUAGUAUGGGGAGCGUUACUGAGCGGAUGCAGACUGGUCAAAGAUACGCAGUUAGCAGAAACCGUUCUCAAAGAACUCAUUGCUUUGGAGCCAUGGAAUGCAGGAAACUAUGUUCAGUUAUCCAACAUCUACUCUGUUACUGGAAGAUGGGACGAAGCGGCUGAAGUUAGAGACACGAUGAACAAGAAAGGUUUGAAGAAGAUCCCGGGAUUUAGUUGGAUCGAAUUGGAAGGGACGGUCCACGAAUUUCUCGCAGAUGAUAAAUCUCAUCCUUUAAGCGACAAGAUAUAUGCAAAGCUAGAAGAUUUGGGUAAUGAAAUGAGGCUUAUGGGUUUUGUUCCAACAACAGAAUGUGUUAUGUUCGAUGUCGAAGAGGAAGAGAAAGAAAGGGUCUUGGGGUAUCACAGCGAGAAGCUUGCGGUUGCGUUUGGAUUGAUCAGUACGGUUCAUGGAGAAGUGAUUCGAGUGGUGAAGAAUCUAAGAGUAUGUGGAGAUUGUCAUGAAGUGAUGAAACUAAUAUCGAAGAUCACGAGACGAGAGAUUGUUGUUAGAGACAACAAUAGGUUUCAUUGUUUUACAAACGGCUCUUGUUCUUGCAAUGACUACUGGUGA